CACUGUGUCAGGAUGAAGGUGAACAUCUUCUGCUGCCUGUUAGCCUGCACUCUGGGCUCUAACGUCACUGCAGGUUUAACCCAUGAAGGAUUUAAGGAGGGGACGCAGGUCACUCUGCGUUGUCCUCACUCUGUGGAGGGUAAAGUGAGGUGGAGCAGAGAGAGUGGAGGAAGCAGAGCUGACAUACUUACAGCUGAUGGAGACAAAACUAUAAAACACAUCAAUGAUCCACAGAAACAAUACGAUUCACAGGCUGACGGGUCUCUGUUCAUCCUCAGAGCUAAUCUCUCAGACUCUGGCAGAUACUUCUGUAAAAAUCAAACAGCUGUGGAGCUGACAGUGAUCCCAUCAGGAACAAAAAUAGUGAGUGUUGCAGAGAGGAGCAGCAUCACUCUGAACUGUUCUCAUGAUGUUGGAGGAUCAGCUGUUCCCACAUGGAGACGAGACUCUGGAGAAAUAAAUGAAGGAAGGAUUUCUGUUUCCACUCAGGACAAAACAUUAAGUAUAAGAGAAGCUGAGCCUGCUGACUCUGGACUGUACUACUGUGAUGGAAAACCAGCUGUUUAUCUGAACGUGACCGAAGGACAGAGAUCUGACAGAGCUUUUCCAGUGCAGACUUUCCUGAUAGGAACUGGUCUUCUUCUUCUCUCCAUCCUCAUCCUCAUCACUGUCUACUUCAUGUGGAGAUGCAGGUCCAACAGACGAGGGGAUGACAAACAGCUCCACGUCUAUGAUGAGAUACCAGCUGGAGCAGAACUUCAUGUUAUAAAUGGACUACGAUCUGCAAACUGCAUGACAGAGUUUCCAGGAGGAUCAAACCACAGUGAUCCCACAUACGACACCAUCGCUGAGCUGCCACAGACUGGAAACACGACCAGUAACACCUAUUUUCCAUAUUCCUUGACUGCUUCCACUUUUCAUGCUGGAAAUAAUAAAGGAGGAUCAAACCACAGUGAUGCCACAUACAACACCAUCGCUGAGCUGCCACAGACUGGAAACACGACCAGUAACACCUAUUCUCCAUAUUCUGUGAUUGGUGCCACAUUUAGUGAUGGAAAUAAAAAAGGUUCUUCACAGCCCGUCGACAACACAUAUGUCUUACUGGAGAAACCCAAAGCAUCAAGAAGCAGGCCAGACCAGUUUAGUUUCACCUGAAUGUUCUGCUGUCAGGAACAAUCUCACUCAGCACAGAUGUUUAUGGGAACAUAUAACAUGUAUAUGUAGAGUAUUAUUCUGUAUUAUUGUAAAAACCUGUGUGUGUUACUGUUAGUCAUAAUACAAUCUUAACGUGAAUACACGAGGAACUCUGCAAAAAAACCAAACAGUCCUGAACGCUGACAUCAGGUGAAAUGUUGCUCUGACAGAAAGUUUUUCUUCUAAAAUAUUUUUAAUAUGU